UGGCUCUCUCUUCAAUGGCAUUAGCAAUUGUGAUUGGGCUAUUACUCAACUUCUUCUCCUCCUUAUCAAUGCUCGCUGCUUCUCGUCUGCGCAACGUUAGUUCAGUACCAGAUGUGACAACAACAAGAAGGAACCUAUUAGACAACGGCAUUGGUCGAACUCCCCAGAUGGGAUGGAACAGCUGGAACCAUUUCAAUUGUAAGAUUGAGGAGAAAUUGAUUAGAGAAACAGCUGAUGCAAUGGUGGCAACUGGUCUUUCAGCACUUGGAUAUAAAUAUAUAAAUUUAGAUGACUGUUGGGCUGAACUUAAUAGAGACUCACAGGGAAAUUUGGUUCCUAAAGCUUCAACUUUUCCUUCUGGAAUAAAGGCUCUAGCAGAUUAUGUCCAUGGCAAAGCACUUAAGCUUGGAGUCUACUCCGAUGCCGGGACCUAUACUUGUAGUAAAACCAUGCCUGGAUCACUAGGCCAUGAAGAACAAGAUGCAAAAACCUUUGCCUCAUGGGGAGUUGACUACUUGAAAUAUGAUAACUGUUACAAUACUGAUACCAACCCAAAGGAAAGGUACCCAAAGAUGAGUCAAGCUUUACUGAACUCGGGAAGGUCCAUCUUCUUCUCCUUAUGUGAAUGGGGCCAGGAAGAUCCAGCUACUUGGGCACCCAGUUAUGGAAAUAGUUGGAGGACAACAGGUGAUAUUGAGGAUACAUGGGAGAGUAUGACAUCUCGAGCAGAUCUAAAUGAUAAGUGGGCAUCUUAUGCUGGACCGGGUGGCUGGAAUGAUCCUGAUAUGCUUGAAGUGGGAAAUGGUGGUAUGACAACAGAGGAAUACCGUUCACAUUUCAGUAUAUGGGCAUUGGUUAAGGCUCCUCUAUUGAUUGGUUGUGAUAUUCGAGCAAUGGAUAAAGUAACACUUGAAUUGCUUAGCAACGAAGAGGUUAUUGCAGUUAAUCAAGAUAAACUUGGAGUUCAAGGAAAAAAGGUUAAGAAGGAUGGAGAUUUGGAGAUUUGGGCAGGCCCUCUUAGUAGUUACAGGGUAGCAGUUAUACUAUGGAACAGAGGAUCUUCAAAGGCUCAGGUUACUGCUUACUGGUCAGACAUUGGCCUAAAACCAUCAACUGUUGUCACAGCUCGAGAUUUGUGGGAGCAUUCGACUACGUCAUCUAUUCAGGGCCAACUUUCAGCUGAGAUUGAGUCUCAUGCCUGUAAAAUGUAUAUCCUCACACCGCAGUAGGAAUGCAUCAUCAAGAUGAAGAUUGUGUGUGUUCCACAGAGAAGCAAAUAUUCAUGAACACAAUGUUGGA